GCCGUUCUCUCGGUCGUCGCAUCGAUCUGUCCCGCCGACCUUGUCCGACUCGGCCUGGGUCAUCCAGGAGGGACAAGAGCAGAUCGUCGUCCGCGCGUUCCGCAACCAGUUGCCCUCGAUAUGCUCGAUGCGACUCUGUGUGACUCGAUACGGCCCUGUGUGGCUCGAUACGGCCCUGUGUGGUUCGAUAUGCUCGAUCUACCAUCCGGUUCUCUGCACAAUCUGCAGCGUGACUUGUGUAGUCGUAUCGCAUGGCUGAUGGAUCGAGAGAGCCUUGAACUCCAGUAAUCAUCAUUGCUUCUCUGCCCCCGAUCGACAUGAACCUCCUGUGGCCGCGGUCUUGUCCCAGCAAUGAUCCUCGGCGAUAUGGGGGCUGAAGUCAUCAAGGUCGAGAAUCCAAAGACCGGAGGAGACGACACUCGCUCGUGGGGACCUCCGUUUGCUCCAAAUAUCGAUCCCAGCGAUCCCAACCCUCCCGAAAGCGCCUACUUUCUUGGCAUCAACCGCAACAAAAAGUCCAUCACCGUCAACUUCAAGCAUCCCGAGGGCGUCGACAUUAUCAAGAAACUCGCUGCAAACUCAGACAUCCUGAUUGAAAACCAUAUUCCGGGCAAGCUGGAGAAACUCGGCCUGGGAUACGAGGAGCUGAAGACGCAGAAUCCCGGCUUGAUCUAUGCCUCAAUCACGGGUUACGGCCCCGACGGUCCGUUUGCACACCACGCUGGAUAUGAUGUCAUCAUCGAGGCCGAAGCCGGCCUGAUGUACAUAACCGGCGAGCCCGACGGCCCCCCGGUCAAAGUUGGCGUGGCCAUCACCGAUAUGACCACCGGUCUCUAUGCACACGGUGCCAUAUUGGCAGCUCUGAUUGCGCGGGGCAGGACUGGCCAGGGCCAAAAGUUGGAUGUUUCGUUGCUGGAGUGUCAAGUCGCAUCUCUGGCAAACAUCGGUCACAGCUAUUUGAUUGGUGGCCAGGAGGCCAAGCGAUGGGGCACAUCCCAUGCUGCAAUCGUCCCGUACCAGGCGUUUCCCACCAAGGACAGUUUCGUUGUCAUUGGCGCUGGCAAUGACGGUCAGUUCGAAAAACUGUGCCAGGCCAUUGACCAGCCAGAGCUGCUGCAAGAUCCUCGGUUCCAGACCAACAAGGACAGAGUUGCCCACCGCAAGGAGCUGAUUGAGAUCCUUUCAGAUGUUUUCUCGACACAUCCUACAAAGCACUGGCUUGGUCUGCUUGAGCCCAUCGGAGUCCCGUUUGCACCCGUCAACAACAUAGCCGAGACCUUUCAGCAUCCCCAAGUGAUUCAUCGGGGAAUGGUCCAGAAGAUCAAGCAUCCCCGUGCCGGCGACAUUUCGCUAAUCGGCCCUCCAGUCAAGUACAGCAACACCCCCCCGAGCGUGCGCAUGCCUCCGCCGGUGCUCGGGGAGCACACCCAUGUCGUCUUACGCGACGUUCUGGGAUACUCUGACCAGGACAUUGAUGACCUGGCUCGGCGCGGUGUGGUGUAGACCUCCUUCCCAAGUGCAACCAGUCGGACACAGACAUCUCGAGCGAGCAUCCAAGAAUGUCAAGCCUGGCUGGCGGACCGAGGCGAAAUAUAGCCCGUGUUGAAUAAACAAUGGGGCAAUCGGCUCAUUCGGACAAACCUGAGUCUCCGUGGGCUGGAAGCAUAUCCAUUCCCUUGUCGCUUGCUGUGGAGAUCGGGUCGCUUGGAUCGCCGUCGCCGGGUCGGGCCGAAGUACCGCAGCCUCGCACUAUCAAUUUUUUCCGGCCCCCUCGCGGCUGCUCAUCUCGAAUAUGAAUACACGCUGUAGACCAAGAUGCAGCAAAAUUGGAAUCCGGC